UUUAUAAAAUUUGAAAUCAUAUCUCUUAAACUCCACUCAUCAACUCUAAACACUAAAACUUAAAUUCUAAACUACACCUCUUGACUCUAAACUCUAAUGUUUAGAUUAAUUAAGCAUAAAUGUAUAAAUGUAUAUUUACUUCUGACAAAACAUUUAAGUUAUUUUGAUCAUUUUUAUUUUUAAAGUCUAUAUUUGUGAUAACAAAAAUAUUUUUAGGUUUAUCCUAUAAAAAAUUUCAAUUACAAUUAUGAGCAAUUGCAUUCCAUAUACACAUAAUAAAGUAUAUUUAGCUAUGUGGUAUGUGUACUGUUUCUUUUUAAAAUAUACCUGCCAUACCCUUAUAUCUAUGCAUCCAGCCUACUCCAGCUAUAUGACAUAAAUAAUAUUGUAUUUCUUUUCUCAGACAUAAAAUAUGUAUUAAGCCAACACGUGUUUACAUUGUUUUGCUUUUCGUUUUCAAGAGCCAUCUUCCUCUAGAUUUUCUCUUUUACGAUUAUUAUUGUUCUCACCUUCUUUGAUUUUUUCCAGAGAAUCAUCUUUCAAGAUCUCUCAUUUUUCCCAGAUUCAUCUCUUUGUAAUCUUUCUCUUCAACUCUAGUUUCAUGUUUUACAAAAAAAAAAAAAAAAAACUCUAGUUUCAUGCGCGUCUCUCUACUUUCACGACUUUUCAUCUCUGCAUCUUCUAGAAUUCGGAAACGUUUCGGUGUACGGCGCCUUCGCCUGAGCUGGAGCGUGCUCCCCCCCCCCCCCCCUUCCGGAUCUCGAGCCACAUGAUGGAAUAGCACCGGCUGCAUGUACUGGAGGCACUUCUUCUCUCUCUCUCAGCGAAUCUGAUGGUCUCUGUUUCGAAGACCCUAAGAGAGCUCCGUAGUUCUAGUGUCUCAAUGGGAGUAAGGCGUGCUCUCUUUAGUUUGAGGACGCAGAGACGUCUCUGAUUGUAGAGAGGCUUUGGUAUCGGCGGAUCUGUUGAAAGGAAUGGCGGUUCCCUUAGAUUGUUUCUCGUCAGUCUUGAUCCUUUCUACUCCGCCGUGACGGAUGAGGUUGAACGUGGAAGCUCAGACCCAUGAGACGGCGAGGAUCUUGCGUAGAUGCGGUGGUGACGCAUGCGUUUGUGGUCAUGGGGCGCCUUUGGGGUGGGGUCUCUUUGCGGGGACUGAGGUGGAUUGGGCUUGGACACCCCAUGAAGCUCUGAGAACCCGAUUGAAAAACCACUGUGUUCACCGGAGGGGAAGCUAGCUUCCGGAGCCUUCUUUCCCAUGACCUAUCUUCUUGCUGCUGAUGUUUUAUGCUUGUAGAUUUCUUUGUCCUUCUUGUUGUAACCUAGCCUUUACUGUUUCUCCGCCACACUGACACCGUUAUACUAUUCCGAUUUGCCCAGUUGAGAAGUUUAAUGAAUUUAUUUGAAAAAAAAAAUUAAAAGAUCUUAUCUUCCUAAAGUUGAAGAAUUAUGUCAUAAGUAUAUAUAGUGUUGUAAUUUUUUUUUAUCAUAGGUUAGUACUAAAUAUAUCUGGAUGUCAACAUUUUAUCCAAUUGAUGCUAAAGUUAGAUCAAAAGAACCAUAUUCUGUUAAAAUAUUUUUGGUAUGACAGAGGAAGAUUUAGGUGAAUUAAAAUCUGACACCACAUCUGACAGCUGCUGUUUUUAAAAGAGGGAUUAUACAAGACGAAAGGGAGACACUCGUAAUUUUCACCGUCCUUCCGUUACCAGGCAUGCAAAUAUAAUAAAUUUUUGCUAUUUACCUAAUUAUUUUCCAUUCUAUGUAUAUUAAGCUAAAUAGCUCUACAAUACAAUUAUUUAUACCGAAAUUGGAUAUUUAUAAAUAUAGAAAAUUAUAAAUUUUUCUUUUAUUUAAAAUCGUUCAGUUUGUUCGGUUCGGUUCCUUCUAUUUUAAUUCGGUUAAUUUUUUUGGUUCGGUUAGUUACCCAUGCCACACCUAAGUAACCCGAAGUAGAACCAACAAUGCCAUAGAUCAUCACGGCUUCGCCUACCUGGAUUGUUCACCUGUUCCAAAGAUGACAACUUGCAGCGCUCACUUGUAUUCCAAUGGUGGAAUAUCUUGUUUCCACAAGAACCAUAGCUCUCCGUUGAACAACCAUCUCAAACUCUCCGGACCACUGUUCCCCAUCAAGACAAAACGACCCUCGAGGGUGCAAGUCACAUCCGCUGUUCAGUUCAGACCUUGCAUCGACAUCCACAAGGGGAAAGUGAAACAAAUAGUUGGAUCCACUUUAAGUGACUCAAAAGAAGACGGUUCUGUUCUCGUUACGAACUUCGAAUCAGACAAAUCUGCGGAAGAGUACGCAAAGAUGUACAAAGAAGAUGGGCUUACUGGUGGUCAUGUUAUAAUGCUUGGAGCUGACCCUUUAAGCCAAGCUGCAGCUCUUGGAGCGUUACAUGCUUAUCCCGGCGGUUUGCAAGUUGGAGGUGGAAUCAGUUCAGAGAAUUGUUUGAGUUAUAUAGAGGAGGGAGCUAGUCAUGUUAUUGUCACUUCGUAUGUGUUUAACAAUGGGAAGCUUGAUCUUGAAAGACUGAAAGAUCUUGUGAAGAUUGUUGGGGAACAGAGAUUGAUAUUGGACCUUAGCUGCAGAAAGAAGGAUGGAAGAUACGCGAUUGUUACUGAUAGGUGGCAGAAGUUUAGCGACGUCUUGCUUGAUGAGAACUCAUUGGAGUUUCUUGGAGGGUUUGCGGAUGAGUUUCUGGUGCAUGGUGUUGAUGUUGAAGGAAAGAAGCUGGGGAUUGAUGAGGAGCUUGUUGCAUUGCUGGGCAACUAUUCUCCGAUUCCAGUAACUUAUGCGGGAGGCGUGACGGUGAUGGAUGAUGUAGAGAGGAUCAAAGAAGCAGGAAAGGGACGUGUGGAUGUAACAGUGGGGAGUGCUUUGGACAUUUUUGGUGGUAAUCUACCUUACAAAGAUGUUGUUGCUUGGCAUCACCAGCAACAAGAAUCCUCUUCAGCACUGCAUUGAAAACCCCAUUUUAGUCUUUUGCUAUUUGUCUCUUAAGUUCAUUAAUUUUCAACUUAAUUUUUGUGAAAGAGUCAAGAAUCCAAUGAUGAUGAAUACUUUUCAUGAAUUUUUUUCCAUUGCUAAUUUGACUUGGUUCAAAUAA